AUGGCUGCUUCAAAUGCCCGACAUGCUCUGGUUCUGGGCGCAUCAGGCAUAUCAGGCUGGUCGUUCAUCAACCAGCUACUGCAGAGCUAUCCACGAGCCGGCACUUGGAGCCGUAUUACCGGAGUGACUCGGAAGCCGAUGAGCAGAGAGGAAGUCUCCUUCUGGCCUCAGAGCCGUGAAGACCCAUCAUUUCGCCUUGUAUCUGGCUUUGAUAUCCACAAUGACCAGGAGCAGACAUUGAUGGCAAAGUUUCAGAAGGAAGUGACAGAUAUACCCACAGUAACACAUCUAUAUUAUCUCAGUGCGUGGUGUUUUAUCACAUCUUUAACGGGAUCAACACUUGCAGGGAUACCUAAUGUGCUGACAUCUUUCGUUGACUUGCCAGUACAAGACCCUCCAUCUAAUUACGAUGAUGACGAACCAUUCGCAGCAAGCCUCAAAUCUCUCCAGAAAACGGUGACGGUGAUUGAAAGCCUUGCCCCGAAUCUCGAGUUUAUUCACCUUCAAUACGGCACCUUUAUAUAUGGGGUGUGCUUCACCGAGGAAUUUUACCACACUGCUCCUCUUUCGGAGUCAUUGCCCCCAUUGCGAAAGCCACUUCUUGACAGGCUUCACUACCCGGUGUGGACAAAAUGA